CAAACGAACGAAAACUAAACAUUAAACUUUAGAUUAUUAUUUUUUUGAAAAACCAUAAAUUUCAGAUUAAAAAAAAACCUGGGUUUUGAUUUUUAGGGGUUUCUUUACUCUUGUUGAUUCGUUAAUCCGUUAAGACGCAAAGACACUGUCUCAGAUUUGCAGGAACCGUGAAAUGCUUGUUAACGGUUAACAGUAACAUAGCAUCUACAUGAUCUGAGACAAACACCGUUUAAUUGGGUUAACGAGUGAAGAAGUUGUUAGUUAGUUAAAAAGGGUUAUUGAUUUGAGAUGAUAACCCGUUCUAAACUUGUUGAACAGCUCAGAGAUUACCAGAUCCGAUCUCAGCAUAAAUAUUCUCCUCUCACUUUCUUCUCUCCCAAACCUCAUAUCAUUACUUGGGUUGAUGUUGCUGUGGCAAUUGCUUUUGCUCUAGUGUUCUGCAUGCUUGUCGUCAUAUCCUUCACAACCCUCUAUUUUAGGCGUUUUUGGAUUUUUCUUGUUGUUGUAAGCUUCAGUAUAAUUCUUCUCAUACGCCUAAGAGCUUCUAGGCAAACCUUGGCAAGGAAGAGGGAAAGAAGAUUGCCAUUGUCCAUAUGAGCAUUCUUUGUGGUGAUAUCUCACAGGAUGUACACUGGCAGACAAAGGAUAGAUAUAUCUUACAUAAUUAAUUUGGUCUUUCAUGAAUAUUUGAGUGCUGUCAUUACUAGUGUAGGACAAAAAAAACUUUUUCCUACGUUUUUGAGUGUUGAUGGUAUUCAUCUUUGCAACCCAUAUGCACAAGCUAAGUGAAUUUGUCAUACCCUUAUUUUACUUGUAACACUCGUAAAAUUGGUCCUACAGAGAAGCAUGAAAUUUCUGUUUUUCUGUUGUAGAUUUUUACAAUGAGGAAUUUCCAUUUUCCCAGGAUCUUCUGCUGUGACAUUUCUAGCAUAGGCUCUUCAGCCAAAGUAGUAUAGAGAUGUGAUUUACAAAUGUAGAUAUUUGCACUUGAGGAGCAAAUAUUUUGUAAACAUUUAUAAAUUUACUUAUAAGUAUCCAAUUGAUCAAGAAAAUUAGGUA